AACCAUAGAGGUUUUUUUUAAAGAAUUUCGAAAUUAGCCUUGCAAAUUGCCCGGAGCCAAAUUUCACAAGUCAGCUAUUUCCAGUCGGUGUGUUUUUGUGAACGAACCCGUCUCGCCCAACGACAGAUUAAACAAGAAGAUAGUCAGGUCUACUCAUGGAGUUUGCAGAGUUGAUAAAGACACCCAGGGUGGAUGGCGUUGUCCUACAUCGGCCUUUCAUGCCCACGGUGGAGGGGACCCUGUGUCUGACUGGGCAUCACCUGAUUCUCUCCUCCAGACAGGACAACACAGAGGAACUGUGGCUGCUUCACUCAAACAUUGACUCUAUAGAGAAGAGAUUUGUGGGACCUCUGGGAAGCAUCAUAGUCAAAUGCAAAGACCUGAGGGUGAUCCAGCUUGAUGUCCCUGGCAUGGAGGAAUGUCUGAACAUUACUAGUUCCAUUGAGGCUCUCUCCACUCUUGAUUCAGUCUCCCUGAUGUAUCCUUUCUUCUACCGGCCCAUGUUUGAAGUCAUAGAAGAUGGCUGGAAAACAUUUCUUCCCGAGGAUGCCUUUAAAGAUUUGGAGUCUAUGACAGAUGAGUGGAGACUGAGCGAAGUCAACAAGGACUUCAGUGUGUGUCCAUCAUACCCGCCUUUAGUGGCAGUGCCCAAAGAUGUUGAUGAUGACACACUGAGGAAAGUAGCUACCUUCCGUCACGGCGGUCGUUUUCCAGUACUUAGCUACUACCACAAGAAGAAUGGCAUGGUGAUGAUGCGGUCAGGGCAGCCUCUGACAGGCACCAACGGGCGACGGUGUAAGGAAGACGAGAAGCUGAUCAACGCCACCCUGCGGCCAGGCAAACGUGGCUACAUCAUUGACACGCGCACCAUCAGCGUUGCCCAGCAAGCCAAGGCUAGAGGUGGAGGAUUUGAGUCUGAGGCUAACUACCCCCAGUGGAGGAGGAUCCACAAGGCAAUCGAAAGGUCUAAUGUCCUCCAGGAGAGCCUGAUAAAGCUCGUAGAGGCAUGUAACGACCAGUCGCACAGUAUGGACCGCUGGUUAAGCAAGUUAGAAGCUUCCAGCUGGCAGACUCAUGUCAAGGAGAUCCUUACCACUGCCUGCCUGGCUGCCCAGUGUAUCGACAGGGAGGGAGCAUCAGUGCUCGUUCACGGCACAGAGGGGGCAGACUCCACCCUGCAGGUGACCUCCUUGGCUCAGAUUAUCCUUGAUCCGGCCUGCAGGACCAUCAGAGGCUUCCAGGGCCUGGUGGAGCGAGAGUGGCUCCAGGCAGGCCACCCUUUCCAGCAGCGCUGCGCCCAGUCGGCCUACUCCAACAGCAAGCCCCGACAAGAGGCCCCCGUCUUCCUGCUCUUCUUGGACUGUGUGUGGCAGAUCCUACGCCAGUUUCCAUGCUCCUUCGAAUUCAGCGAGGGCUUCCUGGUGCUGCUCUUUGAACACGCCUAUGCUUCUCAGUUUGGAACCUUCUUGGGCAACAGUACAGCUGAGAGGGCCAAACUGUCGCUCCCUGAGAAGACCGUGUCCCUUUGGUCGUGGGUGAAUCGGCCCCAAGAACUGGAGCGUCUGAGCAACCCGCUCUAUGAGGCCAACAGUCUUGUGAUCUGGCCCUCCGUGGCCCCUCAGAGUCUGCUGCUGUGGGAAGGAGUGUUUCUUCGCUGGAACCGCUCCUCCAAAUGUCUGGACGAGGCGUACGAGGAAAUGGUACAUAUAAUUGAAUAUAACAAGGAGCUUCAGAACAAAGUAAACACCCUGCGCAGGCAGCUGGCUCAGCUGGAAACUGAAGACCCUCUGCUGCAGACACCAUAGAAACAAAGAGAGAGCGAGAGUGAGAGAGAGCUGCGAAAGGAAGCGAGAUGGGAGAAAGAGAAAGAGAGAAAAUGUGAAAAAAUAACUUAAUCCAAAAAAACAGAUCAAUGUCAGCCGCUUUUAAGCUUCUGUUAGGUAUAAAUUCUUUUCAGAUGUUUGAGAAUACAUAAUCCAAAUAAUUAUAUUUAUGGAUUUUAUUUUAUUUUAUUUUUUGGUUUCCCGCGCAGAUGAAACAUAAAUAGAAUGGCCCUAAACCUAGAUUCAUUUAAAUAUCAACCUCUGUUUAGUUUUGUAUUCAUGCAGUUAUCUUUCACACAGUUUACAUGACUGAAUGGACUGAGAGAGUUCCCUGAAGGAGGGAAAACAUACCAUUUUACUAGGAGAAUUCAUCAGGAGUGAGAGGGAAAGAUUCAGAAACCAAAAGGAACAAAGCCAGCCAGUUACUUUUCAGAGUGCUGCUAAAAGCCAAACACUCAUCAUCUCAUUGUCGUCCACUAUAGAGCUGAAACAAUUGGUCGAUUGAUCAAUUAGUAGAUCAUCAAAAUAAAAUGGGGCAACUGUUUAGAUAGUUGAUUAUUCAUUUCAGUCAUUGUUUAAAGCAUCCACUGGUUUCAGUUUCUAAAAUGAGUUUAUCAAAAAUCUUUUAGUUUGAUGACAGUUGGUCAGGACAAGUCACAGUGUUUAGACAUUUCAUAGACUUUUUUAUAGAUUCAUUGAUUAAGCUAAUAAAGGUUAUAUAUAAAUAUUUGUUAAUUGCAUCCCCACUCUAACAUUAGCGUGCCUGCAAAGUUUCAGUUCCAUAAAUUAUGCUUUGGCUUGACAGCUAAUUUCACAGUUGCUAAGCCUCGUCACACCCCCGCGUCUCACACUUGCUGACUCUCAUUUACAUACACCGAUAUCUACUAAUUCAGUGAGCGAGUCCACUUCCCGCUUCCCAGUGUGUUUUAAUAGAUUCCUAUUAACUGUUGGGCAUUGGUCUUGUCCAGGACGGAAUAUAGACCUUCUGAUGCUUGUUUACUACAUGGUACGCGUUUCACCAAACGUCCUGCUGAAUGUAUGUGCCACUGAAGCACUGCAGAGUAACUAUGGCAACAUAUAGGGUGCUAUAUGGCAGCAUGUGACUUUGCUGCACGUUGAGAUGAUAUAAUAAGCGUAGGUAGUGCCAGCACCUACUGUACUGUACUGUAGAAUGAGAUAGGAGGCUUGUUUAAUAGGGACCGACCAAAAUAUCCUGAUUCUUGUAUCAGACUGGGCAUUCCAGUGAAGUAGCAUGGCCAGAGGUGUCGAUCACAUGGAGGUUUGUCUGCUUAAAAAAUGAGAAUAUAAUAUUAACGUGAGAUAUUGCUUUAAAGAAAAGUUUAUAUCUUGAAAGGUUCUAUAACAAUUGCUGUGUUCAAGUACAUAUUAAACAAGCUGUCUUGUGCUGUGUUGUAGUUUAAGAUCCCAAACUACGGCACAUUGUAUGAAGGGCAUAUCCAAUAUCAGAAACAUGCUCUUUUAAUUAUAGUUCUUGCAAUUAGCAUAAUUUUUAAUGUUGGCACUCACCAGCUGGUGCCAUAUCAGACAAUAAAUGUCUUAAUAUUACAUGUGAAAUGCCAAUAUAUCCAACUCAUGUAAACUCAAACUAGUAGACUCACUGCUGACGAUGCAAUGUGUCAGUGUCCUGCGUCCAGAGUAAUCAUUUUCUCACCACAGCAAGUCCAUGACCAGGAAAGACAGAAAUAUUGUUUGGGAUUCUUCUAAACCUGUAAUUGCAGCCUGUCUUUAAAGAUGCAUCUAAACACAUUUAAAACAACAUGAGCUGAAUUCUCUUAUCAUAGUGACAUUAAAGCUCAUCUUUCAGUGCUGUCCAUGGGUGAGCUUACAUUAAUACUAUUAAUGAGGUUUUAUGCUGCACUUUAAAUCCAAAACAGAAUGGCAGUUUUGGGUGUAAAAUUAAAUCCACAGUCUUCAUCCUUGGCUAAUUUUGUUUGGUUUGCUCCUUUUUUCCCAUGACAUCUUCACAUUUGAUACAUUUUGCUUCAUGAAUGAUGUAAUUAUCACACUAAACAGAACUGAUUCCAGCCACUACGUUAAACUGCUUUAUAAAGGGAAAGUCGCUUAUGGCUACACAUUUCAUUUCAGUGAAUUCAAUCAAGGUUAUGGUGUGAUUAAAAACUGUACAUAUUUCCUGUUUGCAUUUUGCAUAAUGUUAUCCUUAAAUGAUCGUUGCUGUGUCAAAGUCAACAAAACUCUAAAAGAUUAUCAGCACUGUGGACAAAUAAUGCUUUUUUGUCUGUUGUUGUUGUACUUGUCAGCUAUAUGCAGUGGCUUACUGCAAAAACAGUAAACAUUUCAGUUCUUUUAUCGCUGUUGAUCUAAUGUCUGUAAAGUUAUAUUUUGUUAAAAAGAUGAUUGUUUUUAUGUUUUCAAGCCAUUAAAAAUUAUAGCACAAAA